AUGCUACGGUGCAGCUACAAUAGUGAGAACGGAGCACGCCUGCCCUGCCUGCUUACCGAAACAGGAUACCAGGUCUCCUUCGGAUAUUUGGGAAAUGAGUUUCAGGAGGAUGUUUGCAGAACAGAACCCUUUGGACCAUCUCAGGAGCUUGACGAUUACACCAUUACGGAAGUCCGAAACGGAUGGGAAACGGUCGAGAAGCGGCUGGGCGGACCUCGGGAAGCUGGCGACUUCGUCUUCAAACUUCUGAAAGAUGCUGUGCCCCGGACAGAGGGCAUGCUGAAGAGGUCCAGCACAGUGUGGCACCUUCUCGACGGGCUGAUGCAGGCCCUGAGCGACCCCGAGCAGAUGCAGAAGCGCAUGGAGUACAUAGCUUUGCGCCACAUGAAUGCGGACAUCACGCCGGCUGAUGUGGAGGUCUUCAAGGGCAUCCUCCUGGAAGUUUGUGCGAAGAAGCUGGGUGGGCUGAUGACUCCAGAGUUUCAGUUCGGCCUUGGCCAGAUCGUGACUGCCGUAGGCAUCUCAUUGGCUAACACGCACGCGCACUAUGCGCAGCGACUUCGGCUUCUAACUGGCUGCUGGAAGGAGGUCAAUGCUACCGAAGAUGAUGCGGCAGAGGAGCAAGAGGAGAAACCUCAAGACUCCGAUUCGCCGCCGGACGAGGCCUCCCCCACCGAGCACGCGGAUAAGAAAGAUCACGACCUGAGUUCCAUGGAGAAGGGCGAGGAGGAUCGUCACACAAAGUGGAAUGACAACGGCAACAUGAACAUUCCAAAGACCUUUGCAGCGAUGGCACGUUUCAAUGCUUCGGUGAUGGGUAUUGGUGACCGCAUGUGGUUUGCUGACCUCCUCUACUCCAUGGAGUCUUUGGUGCCCCACAUUGGCAACGUCGACCGCGUUCAGGAGGAAUGCGACGUCCUCGCAUUGACAUUGGCCCACUACGACAAGGUGAAUCUCGGUGAGUUCCGGUCCGUGAUGUUUGCAAGCCUGAGGUCGCUCUUGCCGACAGCCUGGAGCCUCGAUCACGAGAAUGCUUGGUCCUGGUUCUGGACGUGUGUGGAGAAGAAGGUGGAACUGAUCCGGCAGCUCCCGGUGAAAAAUCAGCAGUGCCUGAGAACAUUUCUCUCUCGAAUGGACGAGGAUGCCUUGGCCACGUUCAAGCUGAAGGUCUUUGACACCUUUUUCGCAAGUUGCGAGGAGUCUCAGCUCUACUUGCGUGCCGCCAACAAGCGCCUCCAGUACAUUAUGGGACGGAUCUUGACCAUCAUGUCCGACGUCUACACCAAGACUCACAAGGCAGUCAUUGCCAUCUCUGCCUUGGGCCUUCUGCAUGCGGGCCACGGGGUGCCAGAGGACUUAGUGCGCCCAUUUGUCCAAGCUUUCAUGUGCUCCAUCAAAGAGGCUGUUCCAGAUGAGUCCAUCCACGAUGGGCUCUGGUGGACACUGGACCUGAUCGGAAGAAUCUUCAUUCGGACAUUAUCAGAGGGCUCCACUCCAGUGAUCAUCGCCAUCAACAAGAACAACACCAAGGUGCUGAAUACAGCCGUCUCCAGCGCGCCCCGCGGGCAGCGCGAAAUCAUUCUGUUGCGGGUCCAGGUGGGCACGGAGUCCAUGUCGCCGUUGGUCUGGGCCGUGGAGAAGGGUGCUCUGGAAUCCGCUGGCGCGAUUCUCAAGGACCUGCUCACGAUGCGGGCGGAUCGCGGACGCUACUACUACGGCAUGGAGGCGAUCUUCAGUCGCCAUCCAGACAUCAUUCCCCUGCUUUGCAACAAGGCCCCAUCGCUUCUGGUGACAUUGCUGGAUGGGCUCAUUUGGCGUUCCAAGAACGUGAGACAAGGCAUGCGGCGUGUGAACUACUACAUCAGCUCCAUGCUGGUGGGCGAUGAGGGCCAGCUGACGACUUCCCUCUUAGACCUGAUCAAGCAUGGGGAUCCCGAAAUCGUCUGUCAUCCUGCCGCCGUCUUCCAGGCCGACCUGCUUUGGGCUCGGCUUUGUUGCCUUCCGUGGGCCGCAACGAAGGUCUGGUUUUGCGUGACCCUUGGCAUGUUCGUUGUUGCGGAGCAGCAUGGCAUCAUAACGCUUGAUGUCCGCAGCCAGCAACGUUAUGCUAUUAUUGCAUGCCGAGCCUGCUUGUAUUUCUUCAGCCUGGGCCAACUCCUGGUGAAGCACGCGGUCCAGAGCUAUCGGGCGCUUCGCGCGAAGCAAACGAGACGCUUCAUUUGGCGCUGUCAUUUGCCAUCCUACUUGCUGCAGUCUGGGCAGGAGAUGACUGAAGUGAUACUUCUCAUUCUUCUUCUGUGCAUGCUUUGCUGCGAGCCAGUGCUGCACUGCCUCUCCGCCAGCAGUGAACUGUUGGUGGACUGUUGCGAGUACGGGGAGUGGUACUGCAACAUCAACAACUUUUACAACCGCCUCGCCGCCUUCCCAAUGCUGCUUUACUUUCUCCUCGCCUCCGAGCUGGUUCACUUGCACGUGCAGCUCUCCGUCUUCAGCGUGAUCUGCGCAAGCCUCUGGUGGGAGUUUAUGCUGUAUCUCGCAGUUCUGGUCUUUUUUGCGGCCACCUUUGCUGCGGGAGUCGCAUGCUUACCUCAAUCUGGUGGAGCAGAGUCUGCGCAGAUGCGGGACUUCAGCAACAUGCCUGCAGCCUUCGAGUCCAUGCUGGCCAUGGCUUUCAACACCUACGGCAGCGGCAACUUUGAGGAGAUUUCGACCGCCGGAGAGCCGAUGCUGCAGUGGUUCGUCAUGGCUUUCGCCGCCUGUUGGCAUGUGUACCUGAUGAACCUCAUGGUGGCCCAGCUCUGCCAGCGGUAUAAUGACAUCUUCCACAACGCCCGCGGCAAUGCCCGAUUGACGCGGGGCAUCAUCAUCUACGAAACAUCCAUGCCGCUGAUUUCCAAGCACCGCUGGGGAAGGUUCGUCGAAUCCUUGCGACUGGAGGUGGCCUGCGAAUUGGACGAAGGCGACAACGGACCCAGAGGGGCCGUACCCACGCUCGAGAGCCCGUACGAGUACUUGCAGUACCCUGCUGUGGAGCUGGAUCGGGUCCAACGCUAUGGAGGGCUUGCCAAUCCGGAGCUGCCGUGGCCGAACCUCGAGGAGGCAUUGGACGACAGCGCCGUGGGCCGCCUGGAGAGGCUGACGAAAGCCAAAUUCGAGGAGAUGGACAGGCUCAUGGUGGACAUGGCGGUGAAACUUGGCGUCCGCUCUGCCAGCCUUUCCGGCGGUGCUGGUGACACCACUGGCUUCUCCUCUGCCCACGGAUCCACCCAUCGAGACAACGGGGAUGGCGAGCUGACCGAGGAAGGCGAGCUGUUGAAUGAGACUCCUUACAGGAUCAAGCAAAGCAAUCAGAGCCCUUUCUCAGUGCCCCGGUGUGCGGAAGAUGGUGUGCAGAAGUCCGUAGCUUUUGCUUCUGAAGCUUUGGGGUCGGCUGCACAUCCUCUUGCAGAGUUUGGCUUGCUGCUACCCCGCAGAACGCCCGCAGCCUUCGAAGAACCGCCGGCCACGGCUACGCAGAAGAGCUAUACAGGUGGGAAGCAGCUGUGCAAUGUGUGUUUGAUCGAGGCUUCAGCUGUCCUGUACUGCAGCCGUCAAAGUCUUAGAGUGCGCGCGAACGUGACCAGUGGCACGUUGAAAGUCUCAGAAAAAGCUCGGCAAAGCAUGGGCCAAGCCAUGCUGGCGAUGUCGGAGUUUUUCCCCAGCAAGUCCUCCAAUCCUCAGUGCACGGCUAGGGGCCCAUUGGCCAUCAGUGAGUGCCGGAAGCGGAAUCGUUGCUUUUCCAGCAGCGAUUUGGAGAUGUUUGAAGUUUUGGCGAAGACCGCCAUGAGGGACCUGGAUGAUUACACCAUCAAGGAAGUCCAGAAUGGCUGGGAGACGACUGAAAAGCGGCUCGGAGGGCCCAAGAUGGCGGGCGAGGAGGUCUUCGGCAAACUGAAGGCCGAGUUGCCCAGAACUGGGGGCAUGCUGAAGCGAUCUAGCACGGUAUGGCACCUGCUCAACGAGUUGCUUCAAUCCUUGAGCGACCCCAAGGUGGUCCAAAAGAAGUUGGAGUACAUCGCCCUGCGCCAUAUGAAUGCAGACAUCACUACAGCGGAUGUGGAGGUGUUCAAAGGCAUUCUACUGGAAGUGUGUGCGUCGAAGUUGGGAGGGCUGAUGACUCCUGAGUUUCAGUUCGGGCUUGGCCAGAUCGUCGUGGCGGUGGGUACGUCGCUAGCGAAGACGCACGAGCAUUAUGCGCAGCGGCUGAAGCUUCUGACAGACUGCUGGAAGGAGGUUAACGUCACUGAGGACGAUGAGGCCAACGGGAACACAGAGGAGCAGCACGAGCACGCCCAAGGCCACGCGGAAGGACACGAGGACGCACAGCAAGACCAAUCGGAUGCUGCGCUAAACAACAUGGAGAAGGGCGAGAAUGAUGCCCAUGGGCAGUGGAGAAAGGAUGACAACAUGAACAUUCCAAAGACCUUCGCAGCCAUGGCACGUUUCAACGCUGCCGUCAUGGGUACGGGCGACCGCAUGUGGUUUGCCGACCUCCUCUACUCCAUGGAGUCGCUGGUACCCCACAUUGGCAACAUCGACCGAGUCCAGGAAGAAUGCGACGUUCUCACUCUGACGCUGGCAAAAUACGAGAAGGUUACUCUGAAGGAGUUCCGCUCUGUGAUGUUCGCCAGCCUGAGGUCGCUUCUGCCUUCCAGUUGGAGCCUGGAGCAUGAGAACGCCUGGUCUUGGUUCUGGAGCAUUGUGGAGAAGCAGGUCGAGGAGAAGCGGGCGAUCGCAUCCCACCACAAUCAGUGUUUGAAGUCCUUUCUGGCACGCAUGGACGAGGAAGCUACGAACACGUUCAAGCUCAAGGUCUUCGACACGUUCUUCGCAAACUGCGAGGAGUCGCAGCUGUACCUGCGUGCGGCCAACAAGCGCUUGAUGUACAUCAUGGGACGGAUUCUGACGAUCAUGGGAGACAUCUACAGCAAGACGCACCAGGCGGUCAUCGCGCUGUCUGGAUUGGGUCUACUCCACGCAGGUCAUGGCGUCCCUGAGGACUUGGUGCGGCCUUUUGUCGCGGCGUUUAUGCUUUGCAUCAAGGAAGCAUGCCCGGACGAGUCUCUCUACGAUGGGCUUUGGUGGACGCUGGACCUCAUCGGCAGGAUUUUCAUCCGGACGCUGGCGGAGGGGUCUACGCCGGUGAUCAUUGCGAUCAACAGGAAUACCUCCAAGGAACUGAAGGCAGCCGUGGCAACUGCUCCUCGCGGGGAGCGUGAAUUGAUCUUGCUCAAGGUUCAGGUCGGCAACGAGUCUAUGUCGCCACUGAUUUGGGCAAUUCAGAAGGGCGCUUUGGAGUCUGCUGGGGCCAUCCUCAAGGACUUGCUCACCAUGCGUGCAGACCGCGGACGCUACUACUACGGCAUGGAGGCGAUUUGGGUCCGCCAUCCGGACAUCAUCACCCUGCUGUGUAUCAAGGCACCGUCUCUGCUCGCAACGCUGUUGGAUGGCCUGAUCUGGCGUUCCAAGAACGUGAAGGAAGGCUUGCGCCGUGUGAACUACUACAUCAGCUCCAUGCUCGUCAGCGACGAGGGCCUGCUUACCAACUCGCUCCUGGACUUGAUCAAGCAUGGUGACCCAGAAGUCGUGUGCCACCCUUCCGCCAUCUUCCAGGCCGACUUGCUAUGGGUGCGGCUUUGUUGCUUGCCAUGGGCUCUCACGAAGCUGUGGUUUUGCGUGACCCUUGUCGUGUUCUGCCUGGCCGAGCAGUAUGGCAUCGUGACGGCUGAUGUCCACAGCCACGAGCGAUUCACCGUGAUUGCAUGCCGGGCGUUCCUGUACUUGUUCAGUCUCGGCCAACUCUUUGCCAAGCACGCCGUUCAGACGUACAGGGCUGUUCGCCGCAAGCAGAUGAAACGGCUCACGUGGUGCGUGCAUGUGCCGGCUUACCUACUACAGACACGCCAGGAGAUGAUCGAAGCCAUUCUGAUUCUCCUUCUUCUCU